AUCGUCGCCACUCCCCGUGGAUAACCCAGCUUCUUCUAACAUAUUUCAAGCGCACUGCUUGUCCGCGCCUGUUCUGUUCAGAUGAGGCAUGACCGAAUUACUCGUACUCAGACUGAGUCUUGAGAGCAUUAUGCCAACGUCAAGGCGACCUUGGUCAAACUCGACACUCGCCUCAAGCCUGGAGCUGCCACUUCCCCUCGUGCAGGCCAAUCGGUUUUACAUCUACCUCCGAGUCCCCCAGGCCUUCCCAUAGUAGGACAUCUACAUUUGCUGCCCUCUAAGCGAACGUGGAUAUGGUUUGAUCGACUCGCACAAGAUUUGCGUUCCCCGAUCGUUUAUCUGAACCUAGGUGGUCAAAGCACGGUAAUAAUCAACGAUUAUCAGGUCGCAGUCGACUUACUUGAGACGAGAUCGUCCGUUUACUCCUCCCGACCUCACUUAGUGCUAGCUGGCGACUACGCUGGAACGGGUAAACGGAUAGUGUUUCUGCCUUAUGGCCCUCAGUGGCGCGCCCAUCGUGCAGCAAUUCACCGAGAAAUGACACCCCCGAAAGUCGAGAGCUACACCCUGAUACAAACAC